CCCCACCCUCUUUCAUGUAACCCGAUCUCCACGACCAAAUCUAAACCAUCUACCAAGCACCCUACCAACCUCUACUGUUCUCCCACUCCAAGCUCCAUCCUCACUAUCCAGUCCAGCUCGUUUCACACUUCCAUUCAAAAUCGGUACUCGCUGUUCCCAAACUUUACAAAGCUGCUUCCAUUUCCUGUCAUCCUCUGUGCCCUCUUCCACUCCUUCCUCUUCUCCUUCCUCCAAAACAGUCUCAUAAUACUCCUCAUCCAGCCCUCUAUCCUCAAUCGCCACAACUCUUCUUUCACUCCGCCAUCCCGCCUCCACCAAAUUCGACACGCUGUUGCUGAGACCCUGCGCACUCCACUCACUCGUAUCCCGAUGUAACUCUACCAGUCCAUACACUACCAGUAAUGGCACCUGCCUUCCUGGCUUGUCGAACUUUUGCAGGGGUGGUUUUUCAUCCGCGGGAGUAGGAGGGAAAGCUGGGAGAACAGCUCGGAGAUGGGAGACUGUGGGAACGAAGACUAGGUUUAUGUGCUUGGAGGUUGCUAUUUGGUGGAGGGUAGGUACUAGGAGAUUGUGUCGUGGGAGGGGCGACUGAGUGUCUCCAAGGUUAUCGUGUGGGGUAGUAUCGACGGAAUUGAGAAGGGAGGUCAGGAAAGAGGCCCUGGGCUGGCAGAUUAUUAUGGUGGUUGGGUACGCUUGAUGAGAUAAAACGUAUUCGAGUAGUUCAGAGGGGAGGACCGGAGGUAGGGCCAGUGGAAUGGAUCGAGGCAUUCUUGAGUGGUUCGUGGUGAGCGUGAGGCUGGCGAAAAGCGGUGGAGGGGUCGUUUGGGACGAGAAUCGUGGAUGCUUCCAAGUAGACUAGAAUUAGUGCUGGAGAUUAAUAUUGAUCAAGAACCCAUAGCUCCAGAUCGCCGAAACAUUCCAGACGUUGCAUCGCACACUCAUUGGGAAGAGAUAAGUUUGCCGUCUUUUUUGGUUGUUCCAAGUUGGGAUGGGACCGCGGGAUGUGAGAAAUCGCAUCAGGUCCUCUCCCCCCACGGGAUGAUCGCUUCCUGCCCCACCACUGUCAAGAUCCCAAAACCAGUGAUGCGCCUCCUCCACUGCAUGCUUCUUCAUGGAGUCAAUAUCCAGAAUUACCAGCUUGCUGGAGAGUGGUAUGUUGUCUAAUAUCCAGCCGUCUAUUUCCUUAUUCCCAUUCCCAUUCACAUACUAAUCUCAACCGCAGCCAGAGAACUUACCCUUGAUGCCGCUCAAUCAGCACGGAACUCUCGAGGCAGCACGAAGAUUAUCCCGGCAUCGCAAAUUAAGAAAUUACUCGACAGCCGGAAUGAUCGAGAGGUACUAGAUGGGUUGAGGAAGGUCAUCUCGGUAUGCUAACUUCCACGGUAGCUGCGGUAGCCAGCAACCAUUUGCACACCGCAAAGUAAAGCACUAGACCAGAGAACCAACACUAACAACAACCAUAGUUGAUGUACCACUCCCAACCAUGCCUCACAUACUUCUCUUCGGUCGUCAAGAAUGUCGCCUCUCCCAACAUCGAAAUCAAAAAACUGGUCUACAUCUACCUCCUCAACCACGCAGAACAGGAGCCCGACCUUGCCCUCCUCUCCAUAAACACUAUUCAAAAGUCCCUCUCAGAUGGCAAUCCCCAAGUACGAGCCCUGGCGCUCAAAACCAUGUCCGGAAUCCGCGUGACGGUCAUCAGUCAAAUCGUUUCCCUGGCUAUCAAGAAGGGAUUGGGGGAUAUGAGUCCGUAUGUGAGAAAAGCUGCUGCGUUAGCGAUACCGAAAUGCUACAGGCUGGAUCCGAAUACGAUGCCCCAAUUACUGGAUUAUUUGUCGACUUUACUUGGGGAUAAACAAUACUAUGUUGCGGGGGCUGCUGUUAAAGCGUUCAUGGAAAUUUGUCCCGAGAGACCGGAUCUUAUCCAUAAACAUUAUAGGGGUUUGGUCAAGAAGCUGGUUGAUAUGGAUGAAUGGAGUCAGUUGGUAACUUUGAGAUUAAUGACCAUUUAUUCAAGGAAAUGUUUUCCCAAAAGGACUCGAAUUGUCAAGACGAAGAGCAAGAAGAACGGGACGCACGGAUUUUAUGGGGACGAGGGGAGCGAGGGAGAAGAGGGAACGGAAACUGGAGAGGAAGUUCAGGAUCUUGACCCCGACCUUGAGCUUCUCUUAAAAAGCAUCCGGCCACUUUUACAAAGCCGGAAUUCAGCGGUUGUCGUAGCGGUUACUCGUUGCUACAUAAAUCUCGGGACACAGGAGUACAUCAGCAGCUCUAUUGGACCAUUAGUGGCAUUAUUACGAGGGCCACAGGAUAUCCAGCACAUAGCACUUUACAACAUCGUAUCAGUUUGUCUCACUCGACCAGAGGCAUUCGUCAAAUAUUCUUCUCAUUUUCUAGUACGUUCUACGGAUCCUCCACAGGUCUGGGAGCUAAAGCUAGAAAUUCUUACCUUGAUAUUCCCACAUUCCGAAGCUUACCUGAAGAUUCUCAUUCUGAACGAGCUCGAACAUUUCUCCAGAGGUUCUGAUAAAGAUCUAGUACGGGAAGCAGUACGAGCCAUCGGAAGAUGUGCUCAAAGUGACGCCGGUACAUCUGCAAGAUGUUUAAGUCUGCUUCUCAAGCAGAUCACCAGUCUGGAUGGAAAUCUUGUUGCGGAAUCUUUGACCGUCAUCAGGCAUUUGAUCCAGCAAGAUCCUACACCCCACAUUGGAACCGUCAUUCGCUUAGCGAAGAAUCUGGAUACCGCGACAAAUCCUCGAGCGCGGGCAUCCAUAAUAUGGCUAGUCGGAGAAUUCUCCGGUAUUGAUGGGGAAAACAAUAUUGCUCCAGAUGUGCUGCGAAUACUAGCAAAGGGCUUCGCCGAUGAAGCAGAAGCAGCAAAAUUGCAAAUUGUUCUCUUGGCGGCUAAAGUAUAUCUUCAUCAUCUCAACCGCACCGAAUCCACCGAACCUGUGAAACCUGUACUAUCUCCUACCCCUUCAUAUUUACCUUCAAUGGGAAAUGAAGGGUUUGCAGAAAUGGAUGGUGCAGCGGAUGAUGUGUACCAACCGAAAGACGUAGAGCCCGAACAUCCUAUCGUGGUUCUCUGGAAUUACGUGCUCCUGUUAGCACGAUACGACACAUCAUACGACCUUCGUGAUCGAACACGACUCUACAAAGCUCUCCUCGCAGUUCCAUCCUCCACACAACUCGCUUCUCUCAUGUUACUCGCUCCCAAACCGGUACCGCACACCCCAAGUCCAUCCGAAAGUCGCACAGGAUUUACUCUUGGCUCAUCGAGUCUCGUCGUCGGUGAAGAUGGUGGACUGCAUGGCCUAAGAGGGUAUGAAGCACUGCCCAACUGGGUCGAAGCAGGCAAAGAGCCUGAUCCUUCCCUGAGAGACAGUGAUUUAAGUAAAGCCGAAUAUGACGACAGGAGGAUUGUCCCAGCUGGGGAACGACUAGAUAGCGUCGUGAAAGAUACGAAAACAGGGCAACCCUCGACGAUUAAUGGCUUUGGCGCGACUGGUGCUGGUCCUGCCAAGGAGAAGACGCUAGAUGACUGGCUCAAAGAAUCAGAUGCUGAAGAAGAGAGCGACGACGAGGAAGAAAGUGACGAGGAAAGCGAAGACGACGAAGAGGAAGAAUCAAGCGAGGAAGCAUCAGAGUCAGCAGAAGAAGAAGAAGACGAAAGCGACGACGACGACAAGGAACACGACAGGCUAGUCAAGUGAAAAGAAAAAGAGAGUUAAAGGACACGAAAAAGCCCGAAUUGCGGGGCAACAUUUUUAUUUUUACGGUGAGAAAAUAUAGUCACAAAAACAACAGUGUACAACUAUGAAUAUGAUGAAGAAAUCAGCGACAUGUCUUUCUCUCUCUACUCCGCAGAAUGAUUAAGCUUCCCAUGGCUCUUUUUUUUUUGGCUCAAAUGAUUAUCUGAUAUGCCUACAAGUAAAAUUGUCAUGUAGGUUUUUCUUUUAGCAGGAGCAUCUUUGGGCCCUGGCCGAAAUAAAAACGCCCUGGCCGAACCCUCCCGCGCAUGCAAUAGCAAUGACAAAAAUACAAUAAAAUCCAUCGCUGAGACUGAUACGAAAAGGAGAAGAAGAAAUUUUUUUAAUAGUCUUAAGAAAAGAACGCCCUCGAACCCCUUUGUCCAAGUGAACGGAGUUCGUGGGCCAUGCGUGGUAGGUAUGGCAAGAGCACCAAGUUCUGACCGA